AUGUUGAAAAACGUAAAGAAGCAGUUUGGGUUAGUGAAAGCGAACAAGCCGAGCGGAGAGGGCGGGAGAGAUGGUGCGACGAGCGCGGAUGAGGCUGGGACGGCGAAUGGCGGGAGAGAUCGGACUGGGUCGAGCGCGAGCGCGGCGUCGAAGGAGGGCGCCAAGCGGGAGGAUGGGUCGAUGUUCAAUCGCGUGGCGGGCGCCGCGGCGAGCGCGGCCGGGGGGUUUCGAGCGCUCAGUGGACGGAUAGGAGGCGGAAAUCGCGAUGGGUCUGUGCGCGGACGGUCGAUUCCGAGCAUGGAGACGCUUUACGAUAAGAGCAAGCCGCUGUUUCUGUUUCGAGACGUUCCCGUGAGCGAGCGCCCGGGACUCUUCGUGAAGAAGUUGCAGUUGUGCUCGUAUUCCUUUGACUUCUCCGAUCCCUCGACGAACACGAGAGAGAAGGAGAUCAAGCGACAGACGUUGAUAGAGAUCGUGGAUUACGUCAAUCAAGGGCCGGGACGGUUCAACAAUCAGGUUCUUGAGCACAUCAACUUCAUGUUGGCGCAGAAUUUGUUCCGCACGCUCCCGCCGUCGAGCUCUGAGCAGACCGGGCUGGCGAAAGCCGGGAUGUUUGAUCCAGAGGAAGACGAACCCAGCCUCGAGCCGGCCUGGCCGCAUCUGCAGAUCGUGUACGAGCUCUUACUUCGAUACGUCCUGUCAAACGACAUGGACAUCAAGAACGACAACCCGUACAUUGGUCAGUUCUUCGUGCUCAAGCUUCUCGACUUGUUCGACAGCGAGGAUCCGAGAGAGCGCGAUUACCUGAAAACGAUUCUUCACAGAAUCUACGGCAAGUUCAUGAUUCAUCGUCCGUUCAUCCGACAAGCGAUCAACAACAUAUUCUUCCGUUUCAUCUACGAGACGGAGAAGCACAACGGAAUCGCGGAGUUGCUCGAGAUUUUAGGAUCCAUCAUCAACGGUUUCGCGCUCCCGCUCAAGGAGGAGCACAAAACGUUUCUCAAGCGCGCCUUGCUUCCAUUGCAUAAGCCGAAAUGCGUCGGAAUGUAUCACUCUCAGCUCGUAUACUGCGUGACACAAUUUGUAGAAAAGGAUCCGCGCAUGGCUGACGUCGUCAUUCGUGGCUUGCUCAAGUACUGGCCGGUGACAAAUUCCCAGAAGGAGGUUCUCACCCUAGGCGAAUUGGAGGAGGUGUUAGAGCUCACGCAGAGCGCGCAGUUCGCGACGGUGAUGAUUCCGCUUUUCAAGCAGAUAUCGCUAUGCAUCAACUCGACGCACUUCCAAGUCGCCGAGCGUGCGCUCUUCCUGUGGAACAACGACUACAUCGUCAACUUGAUGGCGCAGCAUCGACACGCGCUGCUUCCGGUCUGUUUCGGCGCCUUAGAAAAGAACGCAUCCGAUCACUGGAAUCCCGUUGUCGGUGGACUCACGAUAAACGUCCGAAAGAUGCUCCAAGAGAUGGAUCCCGAGCUCUUUGCCCAGUGUCGAGAGCAGUGGUUAGCCGAGAAGGAGCGUCUUGCCGAGGUCGAAAAAGAGCGUCAGCAGCGCUGGUCCAAGGUCGAAAAGCUCGCAAACGGUACCCAUUAG